UGCCUCUCCAUACCUACCGCCUACAUUACUGUCAGACUUAGAACCACGACAUCUCCCACCGAUGAAUCCGCCGCCUCCCCGCCGCCGGCCGACAUCCUCCGCCACGCCAUCCUUCGUCGCGUCGUCCUGCCCGCACCCUGGUCUGCCUCCUCUCCGCCACGCCCUCUUCCCCGCGCCGUCUGACUCCUCCGCGCGCGGUUCGCCGACACCGAGGCCCAGGCCGCCGCGCUCCGAGCCUGCGCCGGCCAGCUCAUGCGCGCGCCGCCGACCGCGACCGGCUGCUCAACACGCUCCUCGCGGCCGCGGGCAAUGACCAAGAGGAGGAGGACGCGCCAGAGGUGGGGCAACGUCAGAAUCAACGCGCUCGGAUCCAGCCGAGGCUUACAGCGACACGGACGCGGAGAAUCCGGCCGCGGCCGCCGCACUCCCUCCGGUCAUCACCUUCCUUCCCAUCGACAACAACUGACAAGGACUACCACGAUUAGAGCUACUCUUUGGCACCCAUGUUACAGUAUGAAGUCAAGCAGGCAACAAGGGAUCUGUGGGACGAGGCCAAGGUGUACGUGCGCAACCUUCCCUACGACGUUAGUAGCGAGCGCCUUGUGCAGCUCUUCGGGCAGGACGUCGUCGUCGAGGUCACCGUGUCGAUAUGUGGUAUUGGUGACAGAAGGUGCAUCACGUGCUUGGGUAUUUUCCUCCGCACGAGGAUGAACCCAAGGCCCCUCCUGUGGAUCCCAUUGCUUUCCAUUUUUCAUGAUUGAGAUCUUGGGAUUUAACAUUUUGUAUUUUCUUGUUUAUUUUCUUUUUCUUUUGGAGGAGAACAUGAUGCAGCUUGUAAUGUGUGAAUUUACAACUUUUGUUGAAUAAACGGGAAUAUAUCAACUGUAAGUUGAUGUAUAGAAAAGUCAACCCUUGCAUAGAUUUUGUAUUAUAUAUAGUUAACUCAGUAUAGUUAACAUUUUUUCAUCUUUCUCCGGGAGCUCUUCAGAUAUCAUCUACACCUCAGACAAGUAACAUUAACUUGCUAAAAGCACGAAAAGUAACACAAGGUUUGCAAGUUUGACAAAGUUUCCCUCCGUUCUUGAAUGUAGCUAUUUUUAUUUUCCUUCUAUUCAAACUGGUGUUGGCAUGGUGACAAAAACAUUAACUUCACACUGUUGCUAGCUGUGACGUUUUGUCAAAGUUGAAUACAAGAAAGUGGAUUUGUAAGCAGAGUGACAACGCCAAUUAUUUUUCUCCUGGUGCAACACAUGACAAUAUGUGCUACAUCGAAAGGAAAAGGAGGAAGUAAUGCACUAGAAGUUUUACAGAGUCAUGAUGCACAUUGAGGAGUUAGUGGUGUGUUUUCCUUUUCUUUUGAGACAAUUGUCGUAUAAUGGAAAAAGUACACUACCGUUCGGCUGAAACCCAUCAUAUUUCUAACGGUAUACAACCAAAAUCGUGGU